AGGCUGCGCCAUCCAGUGCGUGAAUGCCUGGAAUGAACCACAGCAGGGUAGAAAGAGCGAGAAAGCGGACCCAUUAGCUUAAAGCACCGGUUGUAAUUGUGUUGAUACAUUUCAUACUUCUAAAGCGUUUGUAUUUACGUAAAGAACUAUAGAAACGAUGAACGGACAAAUUAACGGUUUUCAUAACUCCCUUAUUGAGGAGGACUGCUUCUUGUUCACCUCGGAGUCGGUCGGAGAAGGGCAUCCCGAUAAGAUUUGCGACCAGAUCAGUGAUGCCGUGCUCGACGCCCACCUUAAGCAGGACCCCGAUGCCAAGGUUGCUUGUGAGACUGUUGCCAAGACUGGAAUGAUCCUGCUGGCAGGAGAGGUGACAUCACGAGCCACAGUUGAUUACCAGAAGGUCGUACGUGAUACCAUUCGUCACAUCGGAUACGAUGAUUCUUCUAAAGGCUUCGACUACAAGACCUGCAAUGUGCUGGUGGCUCUGGAGCAGCAGUCUCCUGACAUCGCCCAGGGCGUUCACAUCGACCGCAACGAGGAGGACAUCGGGGCGGGGGACCAGGGCCUGAUGUUCGGCUACGCCACGGACGAGACCGAGGAGUGCAUGCCCCUCACCAUCGUCCUUGCCCACAAGCUGAACGCCAAGAUGGCUGAACUGCGCCGCAACGGCACCCUUCCCUGGCUGAGACCCGACUCUAAGACCCAGGUGACGGUCCAGUACAGGCAGGACCGCGGCGCCAUGCUGCCUGUACGCGUGCACACCAUCGUGGUGUCCGUGCAGCACGACGAGGACAUCUGCCUGGACGAGAUGCGUGACGCCCUGAAGGAGAAGGUGGUGAAGGCCGUGGUGCCCUGCGUCUACCUGGACGAUGACACCAUCUACCACCUGCAGCCCAGCGGGCGCUUCGUCAUCGGGGGCCCUCAGGGAGACGCUGGCCUGACGGGUCGUAAGAUCAUCGUGGACACGUACGGGGGCUGGGGGGCCCACGGCGGAGGGGCCUUCUCAGGGAAGGACUACACCAAGGUGGACCGCUCAGCGGCCUAUGCUGCCCGCUGGGUGGCCAAGUCGCUGGUCAAGGCUGAGCUGUGCAAGAGAGUGCUGGUCCAGGUGGCUUAUGCAAUCGGAGUGGCCCACCCCCUCUCCAUCUCCAUCUUCCACUAUGGAACCUCCCAGAAGAGCGAGAGGGAGCUGCUGGACAUCGUGAAGAAGAACUUUGACCUCCGACCUGGGGUCAUUGUCAGGGAGCUGGAUCUGAAGAAGCCCAUGUACCAGCGGACAGCUGCCUACGGCCACUUUGGCCGAGACUCCUUCCCGUGGGAAGUGCCCAAAAAACUCAAAUACUAAAACCUGUGAAGCUCUCCUCUCCCAGGCCUGUUGGUGUAUACUACAGAGAAGCCUUCAUGACCCAUGGGGGAGAGAAGGCCCUAUUCUAAAUAAAAAUUCCCUCGUAGUGGCAUCAUUGAGGCCUCAUCAACCCCCCCCCCUCUCUCCUUCUCCAUCUUUAGUCUUUGCUGUCUAGUGCUUUCUUGACUCGUCUUUCACAUUCCCCAGGAAAGGGAUAUAGGAAGAAUGGUUGGAUGUUACCAGAUCAUCUCUAUGAAACAUGGCACACUAAGUGCUGUAUUCGUUACACUAAUUCCCCUUCACCAUCCAAUCAGCUGCAGUUCGGCCAUACUUACUAGGUCCGCCCUACCAUCAGUGUCGACAGACAGAGACCGUAUACACAACAUCCUUGUUUUUUUUUUACUGGUGCUACUCUAGUAAGGGACCUUGCGGGCAUCCGUAUAGUAGAAGUCUGCUUGUGUGGGAUCAAAUGGAGCUUAAGUGUCCCUCACCAGUUUCAGUAAUUUAUUGGUACUGAGCAACUUCCCCCAUUUGUCCUUGUUCCCCUUCCUUGCUUUAUUCCCCAUAUCUUUGUGGAGGAUGUAAAAAUGGCACGUUUUUUUUAGGGUCAGUGGUUAAGAUAUGCUAAGCAUUGCAGGCUGAGGAACAAGGAAGUCAUGUUUUUCAAGUUCUCCCCAGGAUGAGCAGUAUCUCUCGAGUCCCUGAACAGGCCUUUGCAGUUUUCUGGCGUACUACAGAAAAGUCAGAAGCUGCUAUGUCACUGCUAAGGUCUACAGGGGGCGUCUGGGUUUAUACUGGACAGUUUGAACAAUGGUGUCGAUUGGAUCGUCUGUUAUUAACCUUGAAAUUUAUAUUUAUAAAAACUCCUUUUUCCGUCUUGUCUUUUUUACAUUUGUAAAACGUGGUUUGAUGUUGAGGGAACUCCCCAGUUUGGGUAUCGACGGCGGGUGUAGCUACAGAGAAACCUGGCCUGUCGUUAUCCCCUGAGGAUGACUCGGUCACCGCGAUGAGGAGCUCUUAAAAAGUGCACAUGGUGACACAGAUCAUUAUUUAUUUGUUCUCAAACUCGGCGUGGAGACAGAAGUUGAGCGAAUCAGAAGGCAGCUUUCGACUGAAACGGUGAAGGCUUGAGUUUCUGAAUCUAGUUUUUUCAUUUUGAAAAAAAAUAAAACAACAUGACCUUUUUCGGCAUGUCUCUCGUGGUUCCAAAGGGUCCUACAGAAAAACUUUGGUGUGCCUCCGCAGAGAUCCGUCGCCGGCUCACCCGGUAAUGUAGUUCACAGCCUCUGGGCCUGGUGCUGUUCCUCAUCAGUGUCCCUAACCGUGGCGCGAGGGGGAGGGUGGCAGAGUUUGUCUGGUGUUGUACAGAGAAACCAGACAUGUUUACAUGCCACCCUCUGCCUGCGUUUUGGGUAUAGGUUAUUUCUCCCCCAUUUGUUUUUACCACUGAGGUCAGCCGGCAGGGCCACAGUGAGUGUAGGAGUGCCUUUUCUAUUUCCUCUACUCCCUCCCUCCCCCACAACCACUCUUGCUCUGUCUACGUGCGUCCAAUAUCUUGAGGAUCAGGUAGCUUGUACUGUAAAUGCUUCUGUCUUCAAAGGUUUUGAUAUUUAUUCCUCCUGUCAAUUACCUGAAAUAAAAGGCAUCUUUCCAUCAUGAA